GCCGGUAAUGAGUGAAGUACUAACCUAAAGCGCUUCGUUCACUGUUUUAUUCAACUUUUUGGUGUCGGCGGCAUGCCGUACGUAACGAACGCGAACACUGGCAAACGCAAACACAGAAACUGGGACGAUGGAAACCGAAGAAAGGAUUGAAAAUGUAGAAGAAAACGAUGAUAUAGUGGAGCAGGAAAAUAACUCAGAAGACGAAGAUUCCGAUAGUUCGGAUGAAGAAUUAGCUGAUCGUUUGCAAACCCAGGAGCUUGAGGGAAAGGUGACAGCGAAUCCAUACCACUACGACUCUCAUGUGCAACUCAUAACAAUCCUUAGAAAGCUGGGUGAUCUGGAAGCCCUGCAGCAUGCGAGAGAACGGAUGAACAAGCUGUUUCCCCUUACAGAAGAACUUUGGUUGGACUGGCUUAGAGAUGAGGUUCCCUUGGCAACUAAUGAAUCAGAGAGAGAAGUUGUUGCCAAGCUGUUUGAAAGGGCUGUGAAAGAUUACCUUUCUGUGGAAAUAUGGGUCGAGUACAUCCAAUUCUCCAUCGGCGGCAUGGAUGGCAAAGAUGGCAUAAAGAACGUGCGGUCAGUGUGUGACAGAGCACUGACUGCCUGCGGUCUUCACACUACCAAGGGCAUGCUUGUCUGGGAGACAUACAGGGAAUUCGAGAAUGCUCUUCUUCCAGGAUUACAGCCAGCUCCAGGGACAAUUCCCUCCUCAGAGCAGCAGAAGCAAAUUGACGAUCAGGUGGCCAGAAUUAAGACCCUCUUCAGGAGACAGCUGUCUGUUCCACUAACCGAUAUGGAUGUGGCCUUGGAGGAGUAUCGCGCGUGGCUGUCAGAGGAAGAAAUCGAUCACAACACAAAGUUCCAGUAUGAAAAAGCCAAGAAGAAGCUAUCACAGCUGACAGUGUAUGAAGAUGCAUUGGCGGAGGUGGAGGAAGGAGCUUCGACAAUCAGCGCAUAUCAAACGUACAUCGAGUACGAGCUUGAGCAGGGUGAUCCCGCUCGAAUACAGUGCAUCUACGAGCGUGCUCUGACCGACAACUGCCUCCUUCCUGAUCUCUGGCUACAGUAUACUGACUACCUGGAGACGCAGCUGAAGAUCGGACACCUAGCGGUGGGGGCGUACGAACGCGCAGUACGUAACUGCCCGUGGGCCGUCACCCUGUGGCAGGGGUACAUGCGCUCCCUGGAACGGAACGUCACGCCCCACGAAGAGAUCGUAGCUGUAAUGGAGCGGGCUCUGGAGGCGGGGUUUGCCGCACCUGCUGACUACAAACAGCUGUGGCUGUCCUGCCUCGACUACAUGCGCAGGCGCGUCAAGUGGGAGCAGGCUCCGGGGAAGGAGGUCCAGGAGUUAAAGGAUACAUUCCAGAGGGCCGUGGAUUACCUGCAGCAGUAUUUCAGUGCUGAUGGCGACCAGGAAUGCAAGAUUCGUCAGUACUGGGCAAGAAUAGAGGGCGCUCACUGCAAUAACAUGACGCGCGCUCGUGAGAUUUGGAAUGACAUCAUGCACGAGGGGCAUGGCAAGGAGGCACACCUGUGGAUGGAAUAUCUACAGCUAGAGCGAGCAUACGGUGACCAGAAGCACUGCCGUAAACUACUGCAGCGCGCCCUACAUCAUACGAGUGACCUUCCAGAGGUGGUCUGCCAGGCGUACGUUGACUACGAGCGAGAGGAAGGCAGCCUUGAGCAACUAGACGAGGCGAUGGCCAAGUGUAAGCCCGUAUGGAAGCGGGUGAAUGAGCGGCGUGCCAAAGAAGCAGAGAAGGAGAAUCAGGCUGGUCAAGUGACGUCACGUAGAGCGGAGGAAUGGAGGCAAGCAAAACCUCAGAAGAAACCUGGAAAAAAGGCAGACUUUAAACAGAAGAAAUGGAGUGAUAACAAGCAUAUCAAAGAGGUGCCACCGCGUAUACCUAAAAAGCGACCGGUAUCCGACAUGGAGACUGACAGUGAUGGAUUCAAAAUGCCAGUGGUGCCCCCACCAAAGAAAAAACGAGACGGGGAAGAGAAAUCGAGCGAUAAAGUGCCAGAAAAUUCUGAAAUGGAGCUUGGGGACAGACAUGACCACAAAAUGGACGACAGGACAGUCUUUAUCAGUAAUCUUAACUUCUCUGUCGGCGAGGAACCGAUAAAGAAAAUCUUCUCGAAGGUGGGACACAUGGUGGGCGUGCGCAUCGUGAGGAACGCGGCCGGGCGUUCGCGUGGCUUCGGCUACGUGUACUUCCGCACGGCGGACUCGCGCGCACCGGCGCUCGCGCUCGAUCGCACGCACGUCGACGGACGCCCGAUGUACGUGUCGCCGUGCGAGGACAAGAAAGACAAGCAGCCUGCUCACUUCAAGUUCCAGUCGUCUGGCGUGGAGCGAAACAAGUUGUUUGUGAAGAAUCUUCCAUUCGAUGUUACGCAUGAUGCCCUGGAGAAAAUAUUCUCUGAACACGGCAAGCUAAAGGAUAUACGGAUGGUCACAUAUAAGAGCGGGAGACCAAAGGGACUUGCCUAUGUGGAAUUUGAGGAUCAGAAAAAUGCUUCUGAAGCCGUGCUCAAGCUAGACGGACUGCAGAUCGGAGAUCACAGCAUCUCAGUUUCCAUUAGCAACCCGCCUGUGAGAAAAUCAAAGACUGGUGAAGGUGACGGCAGCACUACCACAUCGUUUGUGCCCUCUCUUGGUGGUGCCCCAAAAGAGGAACAUGGAAGUCGAGGCAAGGCUCGCACACAGAUUAGUCUUGGCUUGGUGCCAAGAUCCCUGAAGCGUAAACCAGAACCAAAGCAGGCCACACAGCCAGCAGAGGACGCCGAUGUCAAGAUGAAACUAGCGGGUUCUGGCGACGUGGAGACGGCAAAGGGAGAGGGGAAGAGCUCCCUUAGCAACCAAGACUUCAGGACCAUGCUGCUGAAGCAAUGAACGUCUGCCAUUAUGACAUCAUCGGUGUUACAUCCUGUGAUUGGGCGAUAGUUCUACAUGCUGUAUAUAGUGAAUGCUCUGCCGAACAGGUUUUAGUCCAAAGGCUUAAUUUGUAUCUCACCAGGGGGCACAUGCAUCUGCUGAGUUGCGAACGUUACACUGUUGCUACUAUUAAAAUCACGUCCUUAUCAUAUACAAUAGUACGUGGUCAUUGUUAAGAGCGAAGUGAGAGGCAUUGUAUAUAAUUGUGAAGAUCUAAUGUGAUGUAUUAGUGAUGCAUAGUUUAAGUGCAUAGUUUAAGUUUGUUCAAAAUGUAGAACAUCUUUGUAACACAAGGAAGAAUUUUAAUCUGUAAAGCCUUCUUCUCGUCAUGUCCUAUAUUUAAUGGAUAUAUUUAGUGGCAGGUUAAAUAUCAUUUCUUGUGUUUACAGUUGCAUAAAACAUUUUGCCACAAUUGUGUUGAUGUACAAAAUCAUAUUAGUUGCAGAAAAGGUUGUUUAUAAAUUAUGCUUAUUUUACUUUACAAAAUCAUUCACAAAAAUAAGGUACAUCUGCUUGACUGUCAGUGUUUUGUCAAAAGAAACAUGACAAAUAAAUGUGGAAGUUACUCUAAGAGUA